GUAGCCAAACACCUCCCAAUAUAUCUCUACCUCUGCGUCUGGUCUCGUAAAACCUUCCUAAAAAUCCUACCCCUCGUACCUCCUCUCUCAGAUCAACCAACCAAAUGAAGCGAAGAUUUUUCAAAUUCUCAGACGCAGAGCUUAUCUGCCUCCGAAGACCUUCCCCUUCCCCGACUCCCAGAACCAUCACCACUUCUCCUUCCUCUUCAAUCCUCGCCAAGCACCCUUUUUACAGAUUUUUCCAAUCUUCACCCCCCUCCGCCUCCGCCUCCGCCUCCGCGGAACACCUCAUUUCCAACGUGAUCGGACUUUUCGUACACAAGCUCACUAUUAAUGAUAAUAGUAGCAGUAAUAACAAUAAUAACAACAUCAAAUCCAAGGAGAGGAAGGAUCCGACCAACAAGAUUUCUCCUCUGAGGAACAAUAAUAACGACCUCAAAUCCAAGAAGAGGGAGGAUCUGGUCAACAAGAUUUCUUCUUUGAGGGACGAGCUGCUUCAAAAUGUUGACAUGGUUUUUCAGAUUUUGGAAGAGACGAAAAAAGACGACCCCUCCUUGUUAACCAAUUCGUCCGCUUUUCUUGAGCUUUUGAAGCUCUUGCUUCUUUCUUCCCCUAAAGUAGCCCUCAAGAUUUUUAAUUGGAAAAGAACGCAAGCUGAGAACGAUACUCCUAUGACAGCAGCGGAGUAUGCCAAGGGUAUUAUGAUUGCGGGUACAGAUAAGAACGUGGAUCUUGCAGUUGAGAUAUUUGAUGAGGCUAUAAAAAAGUGCAUUAAGACGACCAGCAUGUAUAAUGCACUGAUGAGUACAUAUAUGCGUAAUGGUUUUGCUGGUAAAUGUGAAUCAUUGUUUCGGGAGAUGAAAAGGGACGUAAAGUGUAGACCUUCAGUUGUAACAUAUAACAUUCUUGUAUCAGUCUUUGGCCGCUUGAUGCUGGUUGAUAAAAUGGAGGCAAUAUUCAAGGAGAUGGAGGAUUCACGUAUUUCACCAAACUUGACAACAUACAACAAUUUAAUUAGUGGUUACUUGACUGCUUGGAUGUGGGAUAGUAUGGAAAAAACUUUUCAAAUGAUGAAUGCAGGCCCAGUUAAGCCAGAUCUUAACACCCACCUGCUAAUGUUGCGAGGAUAUGCUCAUUCUGGGAAUCUGGAACAGAUGGAACUGGUGUAUGAAUUGAUAAAAGACCAUGUUAAUGCCAGGAUACCAACACUGAUUAGGGCCAUGAUCUGUGCCUAUUGCAAGAGUUCUAUACCAGAAAGAGUUCAAAAGAUUGAGGCACUGAUGAGGCUGAUUCCAGAAAAGGAAUAUAGACCUUGGUUGAAUUUUUUGUUGAUUAAGCUUUAUGCUGAAGAAGAUAGGCUAGAGGAGAUGGAGAACUCAAUAAAUGAGGCAUUUAAUCAUAGAACCAUUGUAUCAACUGUAAGCAUUAUGCAUGCUAUUAUCACAAGUUAUUUCAGAUGCAAUGCUGUUGAUAAGCUGACAGAUUUUAUAAAACGUGCAACAUAUGCUCGGUGGAGAAUAAUCCGGCCUCUAUUUCACUGUAAAAUGGUCAUGUAUGGAAAACAAAAGCGCUUGGAUGAAAUGGAAAGUGUUCUUAUUCAGAUGGAGAAUUGCAACUUGCUCCGCACAAAAAAGACAUUUUGGAUAUUGUAUAAAGCCUACUUGAAUUGUGGUCAAUGGUAUAAGGUUGAGCAAGUAGCAGGAUUGAUGUGCAAGCAUGGAUAUGGAAAUCCUUUUGAUACAUCUCCAUUGCAAUGCACCCUGUUGAAGAGUUAGCUAUCAUGCAUCACAAAUUCUGGAAGACAUUCAAUGGAUUGCAUGAAUGGUUCAUGCAACUAUCAAUCAAAUUGAAACUCCACUGAUUUGCAGCAGUGCAGCUGAUCUAUUUCUGGGACAAGGCAUGCGGCCAUUUUCACAGCCUAAAAUGCUUUUGAUAUGUUCUUGUGGAAGAAACAUGAAGGUGAUGGAAAGUCCUCCAACCAUGGUGGUCUAUGAUUUCUGGUUUCCUUUCUGGAACUUCAAGUCCAGUUUGCACAGGCCAAUUCGAUGUUGUCAGAACAAGGCUGAUGGUUCAAAGCCGAGAAGGGGAUGAAUUGAAAUGCAAAGGCUUAGUUCAUGCUAUCACAACAAUAUAUGCCGGGGAGGGGUGUCUUGCCUUGUGGAAAGGGAUCGCUGCCUAGGCUUAUGAGAAUACCACCUGAUCAGGCCAUUAUGUGAGCUUUACCUGGCAAAACUACUGGUCUUUAUGAGAGGAGAUAUCCAGACAAUGCAUCUUUGAUGAUAUUGCUUGUAUCGUUUUGUUUUAUCUAGUUUUGAAGUCCACUGCGAGCAUAAAUUCAUAAAUUCCUAACUUCUCCUUCUUGAGUUAGUUUGGCUUUUCUAAAUGAAAUGUGCUUAGGAUACAUUAUCAA